UCGCCCACCCAGGACAAUAGAGCGGGAGAUGUCCUCCUCCGGGGGCCACCAGCAAAGCCAGAGCCGCGCCAUCCCCACCAGGACGGUGCCCAUCAGCGACUCCUCGCAGCUACCUCAUGACUAUUGCACCACGCCCGGGGGGACCCUCUUCUCCACCACGCCCGGAGGUACCAGAAUCAUUUACGACCGCAAGUUUCUGUUAGAUCGGCGCAAUUCUCCCAUGGCUCAAACCCCUCCUUGCCACCUUCCCAAUAUCCCAGGAGUUACCAGUCCUGGUUCUGUGACAGAAGAUUCCAAAGUGGAAGUAAAUAAUCUGAACAAUCAUGAUGGGAAGCCUAUAAUUGGUGAUGAUGCUCAGUUUGAGAUGGACAUCUGAUUUCCCCUGAGGGUAACCAUGGAGAGAUAGCAAUUCCUGAUCACCUGCGUACAUCUGAUUUUGACCAUCAGGAUCAAUAACUCGAAGGACGAAAGAAGAAGAAGUAGAAGCUGCUGUUUCCACAGAAUUUUCACUUCAACUUUUGAAGUGCCAAAGGAUAAGAGGACUCUCCUUGAUUUCCAUUAACCAUACCAUGCUUCCUACCCAUCCCCUACUCCUCUGCUUGCCUUACUCACUCCCUAUAACUGACUUGGAGCCCAUGAUAAAUUUAUAUGGCUAAGGAGUGUCCCUUGGCUUCUCGCACUUUAGAGACAACUUUUCAAAACAUGCACAUGCGAGAAUUUAACUUCUAUCAACAAUUGGAUAUUUAUUGCAAAACACACAAGGGGCAUGGAAAGGGUGGAUAUAUGUUUGAAGUGACAUGACACUGCCAUUGUUCUUCUUUCCCUUAACUGCUGUUAAAUUGAUGUCAAUUUAUUAACUUGAUUUCUAUGUUAUAUCUCCUUUGACGUGCAGAACGCACUCUCUUUUGAUAUUUCUAAAUCCUGUUACUCAACUUGUCUUUUUUUAGUUAGUAUACCCUUUCAUGUGGGGAGCUGCUGUGAGAUUUUCCUAAAAGAGUAUUGGAGUUUUUUCUGCUUCCCCUGAAAAUUUCUUUUUUUUAAAAAAAAUAAUAGAUAAAUAAUUUAGAAUCACCACUUCAUUAUGCAUUCAUUUCACUUUGUAUUUCGUCCCAAUAUCAUUUCACCCCCCCAAAAAAAGUUUCUCUCCAAUUUCCUCAUUUAAACCCACCAGUGUUAAAAGCGAACCAGAUCUUUUCCUAAUUGGGGAGUAUCAUGCUUGAUUGAUUUCUGUACCAGUGUUUCUCAAAUUCGGCAAUUUUAAGCUGUGAGGAGUUCAACUUCCAGAAUUCUGGGAGCUGGUCAAUACAGCUUAUAAAGUUGCUAAGGUUGAGAGACACUGAUUGUUCUGUACUAUUUGUCUACAGUCUUUAAUUUUUGCUGCUCAAUAACCUCUGGUGGGUUCUUUGCAAGUGCAUUUUUGUUCCAAAAGAAUUAAAUAAAGCAACCUGGUUACGCUUAACUAAGAGAAACCCAACAAAAAAUGAAAAUUGUGAAAAAGUCUUGUAUGGACCAGGGAACCUUAAAGAAUCAAUUAAUUAUUA